UAAAGGCAGAGCGUUUGAGCCCGCCCUGCCGCUUGAGUACACUGGCGGAAGGGGAAGGGGGGGAGGUGGCGGUGGGGAAGAUGGCGUACCAGAGCCUGAGACUAGAGUACUUACAGAUCCCACCGGUCAGCCGCGCCUACACCACCGCUUGCGUCCUCACCACCGCGGCUGUGCAGUUGGAACUGAUCACACCUUUUCAGUUGUACUUCAAUCCUGAAUUAAUUUUUAAACACUUUCAAAUAUGGAGAUUAAUCACAAAUUUCUUAUUUUUUGGGCCAGUUGGAUUCAAUUUUUUAUUUAACAUGAUUUUUCUCUUUUUGGUUUGUUUGUGAGCUUAGUUUUCUUGGGCCAGGCCUUUACAAUAAUGCUUGUCUACGUGUGGAGCCGAAGAAACCCAUAUGUCCGCAUGAACUUCUUUGGCCUUCUCAACUUCCAAGCCCCGUUUCUGCCCUGGGUGCUCAUGGGCUUUUCUUUAUUGUUGGGGAACUCAAUCAUUGUGGACCUCUUGGGUAUUGCAGUUGGGCACAUAUACUUUUUCUUGGAAGAUGUAUUUCCCACUCAGCCUGGUGGAGUAAGAAUUCUGAAAACACCAUCUAUUUUGAGGACUAUUUUUGAUACACCAGAUGAGGAUCCAAAUUACAAUCCACUACCUGAAGAACGGCCCGGAGGCUUUGCCUGGGGUGAGGGCCAGCGCCUUGGAGGUUAAAGCAUCCGUGCCAAUAAUGAGACCCAGCUGGGAAGGACUCAGUGAACUACCCAUUGGGAUUCUUUUAUCCUUUGUUGCAAAAGUGUGGACACUUUUGUCAGCUUGGCAGAUUUUAACUCCAGAAGCACUUUACAAAAUGGUACACUGACUAAUCCAGAAGAUAUUUCCAGCAUUUUGCCAGUGGUUCCUCACUACACUGGUACUGAAAGUAUAAUCUCUUGGAGCCAAAAAACUGGAGAAAGAGUUAUCCUGCCGCCUCUUAACAAGUACAUGAGUACUUCUGAUGGCAUAAGGCAGGCCUUUUUCCUCCUCUUUGAUAGAUGAGGCCAUGGUGUAAUGGAAGUUUCAGAGAAGACAAAAUAAAACUGAAUUCCAUCUCUCUUUCACUGUAUUAAAGCUUUUGUGCGUGAUCUUUUAAA